AUGGCUCCUUUCCCUCCAUUACUUUAUAUUGAUUCACAAAAGUCUAUAUUAACACGACAAUAUGUGUAUUUAAGGGAGUGGCUGUACUUGCUGUCGCACGAGAUGUUGAAUCCAUACUAUGGGCUGUUCCAGUAUUCAAGAGAUGACAUCUACACACUACAGAUCAACCCUGACUCAGCUGUCAACCCGGAACACUUGUCGUAUUUCCACUUUGUGGGUCGUAUAAUGGGAAUGGCUGUUUUUCACGGUCAUUACAUCGAUGGAGGCUUCACUCUGCCCUUUUACAAGCAGUUGCUAGGGAAACCCAUCACUCUUGAUGAUAUGGAAUCAGUGGACCCGGACCUUCAUAACAGCCUCGUGUGGAUCCUAGACAAUGACAUCACUGGGGUGUUGGAUCACACGUUUUGUGUGGAGCACAAUGCUUAUGGAGAGAUCAUUCAGCAUGAGCUCAAACCCAAUGGCAAGAGCAUCCAGGUUACCCAGGACACCAAAAAGGAAUAUGUCAGGUUGUACGUGAACUGGCGAUUCCUGAGGGGUAUUGAAGCUCAGUUUUUGGCCCUGCAGAAAGGUUUUAAUGAGGUCAUCCCUCAACACCUUCUCAAGGCGUUUGAUGAGAAAGAGCUGGAGCUCAUCGUGUGUGGCCUCGGUAAGAUCGACAUCCACGACUGGAAGUCCAACACGCGACUGAAGCAUUGCACGGCCGAGAGUAACAGUGUGAAGUGGUUUUGGCGGGCCGUGGAAUCGUACGAUGAGGAACGGAGAGCCCGACUGCUUCAGUUCGUCACCGGCUCCUCCAGGGUGCCACUGCAAGGAUUCAAAGCCCUGCAGGGUGCGGCCGGGCCACGUCUCUUCACCAUCCACCAGAUCGAUGCCAGCACCAACAACUUGCCCAAAGCCCACACUUGCUUCAACCGAAUUGACAUUCCUCCAUACGAGACCUACGACAAACUCUAUGACAAGCUGUUGACAGCCAUCGAGGAGACCUGUGGCUUCGCUGUGGAAUGAAAGUCACUCACUAAUGUUCAAAAAGCAAGCUUUCUAACGGCGGGCGCACCUGUCAAUCAGCCGUCGGAAGCGGAAGUCCAAACAGGAAGGCCUCAGGAAGAGUGGAUUAUAGCGCAGCACUCUCCGCCUGAUGCUGCUAUAAAAAGUCUUUGAAAAGAAGAGAAGAAACGACUUAUCUUUUCAGCUGCUAGUAACUCUUUAAAAUUUAACAUUUAUUAUAAGGAUCCUCCUCUUCCUGUUUUUGUUCAAACAUUGAUUUUUUUAGCAUUAAGACAAAAGAUAUUAACAGUAUUUCAUGUAGCAUUUGUACCAACUGACUUUAAGAGAAGCGAGGAGGAUGCAGACAGCGUUCCCGCAUAAGCUGAUGUAGAAGCACUACUGUCUUCACACCUGACGGAAGGAAGACGCCGGGGUGCAACAAAGGACCGCAAAUUCUGCCGUUUCUGGACUUGAGGCUUUUCGUAGUAAACGCAAAACUGUUCUUGUUGUACAGGGUGUUGAUACUCGGCAUGCUGGCUAAGCGACUAUAGGAAUCUGCAAGAUGUAUUUUCUUACAAUCAGGGUUUAUUUAAAGCCCCCCAUUUGGACUCCCCUACAUUAGAUGACAGAGUUUGUUAAAAAGGGAGUGAAUCACCGAAUUCUUAUAUAGGCAGGUAGUCUAGCUUUAUUUUCAUUUGGCAUAAGAGGAUGAGUUUAAAAGAAAAGAAAUAAACAGAUAUGAUAUAUUGACAUCAUCUCAGAGACCGACUGAGAAGUGCAUUUAAACACAGUUCUUAAGUGUGGUCCCUAAAGGUUGACAUUGGCUUGCUUUGAAUGUCAAAUUUCAUUUUUUUAAAGAAAAAAAAAAUUGUGCAGAAAAUCAUUUUAUGAUGUCAUCUUAUUGGUGUCAACCUUUUUUACAAAUGGAAAAGUCUCAGAUGUCAACGAAACCCUUUACAAUUUUAAGUACGAUGCAAAAGUAUGCGCAUGCCAAUGAGAUGUGAAAUGUCUUCCAUUUCACACAGUCUCAUUACGAUUUUACCAUUUUAAUUUUGGCCCGUUUUCAAGAAGACCUGCCAUAGAAGACGACAUGCAAUUGUUUACCCCGCCUCGUGGAAAUCAAUGGAGAGUGUUGUUUGUAUCACUUGUUAUUUUUGUAAUUUAUUAAUAAUCCAAUGUAGUAACAACUUUUUUCUACCAUGCAAAACUGUCACUGGCCUUCAGUGAGCAUUACAAAUGAUCUGCGAGGUGGACAGCUGUACUAAAGAAGAAUUUUAUAGAAAAACGGUAAUUGCCGUUAGCUGUAAAUCUUAAUAGAAUACAACAGAAGCAUGUCUUAUGUGCUCUUUGUCAUCCUCAAAAAUACACGGCUUGAAACAUGAACUGUUCCUUCAGGAUUAUUCAAAAUGAACUGCAUCAAUAAACGAAUGCAGUUUUCUAUAUAUAUAUAUAUAUAUAUUGUUGAAUGUUUCUGAGAUGCUGCCUGUCUAUAGCAAUCCUCUAUGACCAUGGACUGUUGUUAAGAGUUUGCAUACGCUGAAUAUGAGCUAUACACCUUUUGUUACUUUUUUAUAAAUCGAGUGCAAAAAAGGAGAAAAAAUAAAUAAAGAAGCCUAUGGAUGGAUCAGUUAAAUAUU